AACACCCCUUCACGCAGCAGCCUUCGCGGAUCACGUGGAGUGCCUCCAGCUCCUCCUGAGUCACAGCGCACAAGUGAACGCUGCGGAUCACGCAGGGAAAACACCUCUCAUGAUGGCAGCUCAAAACGGUCACGUAAGUGCUGUAGACUUCUUGGUGAACAUUGCCAAGGCUGACCUGACAUUGAAAGAUAAGGAGUUGAAUACGUCUUUGCACUUGGCUAGCAGUAAAGGUCAUGAAAAAUGUGCCUUGUUAAUACUUGACAAGAUACAAGAACAGAGCCUUAUUAAUGCAAAAAAUAAUGCAUUGCAGACACCUCUCCAUAUUGCUGCACGAAAUGGCUUAAAGAUGGUGGUUGAAGAGUUGCUAGCCAAAGGGGCAUGUGUCCUAGCAGUAGAUGAAAAUGUUUCUAGGUCAAAUGGACCACGAUCCUCCUCUGCAACAGAUCUACAAAAGGAAGAAUGAGACUUUGUAAACAAAAACAAAACAAAAACAAACAAAAAGCUAUCAUGAACUAACCAGCUAUACCAAGAGGACCAAAAUGCUUCAGUAAUUAAAUGGAAGACUUUGCUACUUUUAUUUUUUCUUGAAAUGUGAGUGACAUAAUGAAGUACUUUUUCUAAACCAUAAAAAUACAAACUUUUGAGGUUAUGAGGAGUCUUGAGUGAAUUUUACAUUAUACGACGCAGGUUUCAAGUUGAUAUUUGUAACUGAUGAUGUGUUGACCACAAUUUGUUCUUUUUUUCAGACUAAAGCAUAUGUUCAUAUACUUUUAAUGUAAAUGUGUUUAUAUUUAUUUGAAAUGAAACAAAUGCCCAGGAAAAAAUAACUGUGGCU